AUGAGUCCAACUACUGUCACUGUUACCAAAUGUCCUGACGGUGACGCACUUAAUCGACGUCCUACAAUAAACACUGGGUUUAAUGCUUCUGUAACUGAAGACCCUUAUGGUGGAAGCGCCGUCAACCAAU